GGGAUCUGGCUCCCUUAACCAUUAGGCUAUGGAGCCAGUCCAUGGUUUUCAAUGCCUUGACCCUGGGACUCCAGUUCCUCUAACUCCUUUUUGAUCACAUCUUCUGCACGCAGUCCAGCUGUUGAAAGGAGCACACCACCUCUCUUGGCUGAAAGACUAUAGGUCGGGUCAUCGGCCAGGCCAAGAAAAGCCUAUCAACUGCCCCUUGGGGAUAGGGCAGGUGGGCAGAGAUAGGCAAAGGCCACGUGGUGGAAGUAGGAAGCAGGGGCUGCCAGGAGCUUGUCUGAAGCUAGGGGGACCUGGGGAAUAGAAAGAAGAGGGUGGAGGUGAGCAAUCUGUGGAGAUGCCUGAGAGGUGAGUGUUGCAGGCCCCGAGUGGUGGUGGGGGGGCAGAGCUCACGAUGACAGAAGCAGAAGCUAUAAGGGAACAUGUGGAGUGAGACGAGGAGGAGUCAUCAUCUCCAGUGACAGCAAAGCGGGCACUGGUGUGAGGGAGCAUGGGGAGACAGCACCCUCUGCCCCGCGGCCCAGUACAGCAUGGCCUCAAAGGUCUGGCCGCUCCUGGCCCGUGUCUCUGCAGCCUGACACACUGCUCCAGAAAUAGCUCCAGGUCAUCGUCAGGCGACCGCGCUCACUGGCUGUGCAACACUCUGGGACAACAUGAGCUGCUGGCCCUCCUCUGCCCCAGGACAGACAGUGGAAGUGGAGUGCCCGCGAUUCCUCCAGAUGCUCACAAGUGGCAACGGACUAUUGGCAUCUACAGGUUCCAUGUUUCGAAACUGUACGCAGGACGGCUGGUCAGAAGCCUUCCCCAGACCUGACGUGGCCUGUGGGGUUAACAUGAGCGGCUCUUCCAACGAGAGGCGGCACACCUACCUGCUGAAGCUGAAGGUCAUGUACACCGUGGGCUACAGCGCCUCCUUGUCGAUGCUCCUGGUCGCCCUCAGCAUCCUGUGCGCUUUCCGGAGACUCCACUGCACUCGCAACUACAUCCACAUGCACCUGUUUGGGUCCUUCAUCCUGCGUGCCCUGUCCAUCUUCAUCAAAGAUGCGGUGCUCUUCUCCUCUGAUGACAUCGCCUACUGCGACAGCCCCAGGGUGGGCUGUAAGCUGGUCAUGGUUUUCUUCCAGUACUGCAUCAUGGCCAACUAUGCCUGGCUGCUGGUGGAAGGUCUCUACCUGCACACACUUCUCGUCAUCUCCUUCUUCUCAGAAAGGAAGUGCCUCCAGGGAUUUGUCGCCCUUGGAUGGGGUUCUCCAGCUGUUUUCGUUACUUUGUGGGCUCUCAUCAGGCACUUUCUGGAAGACAAUGGGUGCUGGGACAUCAAUGCCAAUGCAGCCAUCUGGUGGGUCAUUCGAGGCCCUGUGAUCCUCUCCAUCCUGAUUAAUUUCAUCCUUUUUAUAAACAUCCUAAGAAUCCUAAUGAGAAAACUAAGAACACAAGAAACAAGAGGAAAUGAAGUGAACCAUUACAAGGGUUGGUGGUGGCCAUUCUCUACUGCUUCCUCAACGGGGAGGUGCAGCUGGAGGUUCAGAGGAAGUGGCGGCAGUGGCACCAGCAUGAGUUCCCACUGCGCACGAUGGCCCUCAGCUCUUCCUUCAGCAACAGUCCCAGUGGGCUCACCCAGAGCACCAAGGCCAGCACCUCAGGGCAGAGUCGGGACAUCUGCAGGGCAAGCGUCAUCUGACAAGCUGGAGCAGGGCCACCCACAGACAGGAACCGAAAAGCAUCCCGAGAGAGCUGGACGCCGCUGUGGGACCUGUCUUCCCAGCAGCCAUCCCAUGGUCCCAUGGCUGGUAACACCCCUUCCCAGCACUUGGGAUCCUCAGGACUAAACCAAAGGACUUUGGGCACCAAAGGGUGGACGAGGGCCUAGGACUCGGAUCUGCUGUGCUCUUCUGAGAAGAGCAGCUCGGGGGUCCCAGGAGGGGCAGCGAAAUAAAUGCUACCGGGGAGGGACUCGGUUUGUAUUUGUCAGUCCUUUUGCACCAGGACACAGGUGAGGUGGGACACUCUGGCUCUCUUCCCCAGCCUCAACCAUUCCUGCAGGACAGGCUUCCCUGGGCCUCCAGCUUAGAAGCCCAGAAAACAUGAGCAGUCAAGGCCGUGGACCCCAAGAAAUCCCUGUUGGUCCCCUGCAACUCACCUGACUGUUCUCACCUGAGCCUCAGGACAACUGCUAAUAGUCAUGUGGAGGCCAGGAGAGCCCUGGAACCUCUAGCCCCUUUUAGUAGCCCUGAUGUGGUGCGAGGCACACCUGUUGUUACUGCUCUGUCACAGCUGUCCUCAGCCUAGGAGGCAAGUACAGCAGGAAAUGGGCAUGAUCCCGUUUCACAGGUGAGAAGCAAGUUCACCAAGGCCACGAGACUUGCCCAAGCUACAGCUGGGAGAGGCCAGAGUUCAGUCCAGAGCAUUUUACUAUCAAUGCUGAUGUUCCAAGGCUGUCUUUGCCUUCACCGUCCCCAGGUCCAGGAGGACAGGGGCCUGUCUCCUACCCUAAGCUCCUGGGGACUUUAGUCUGACCCUUCACUUCCCUUGAAUACCUGCACUCCCUGCCCCUGCCCCUCAUGUGAGGAUGAAAGAAGACCAAAUUUUUGAAUGUUUUUGUGAAGCACAACCCAGCAGUGCUCAAGCACCCUAGAGAGGAGGGACUGGAGAUGAUUCCCCAGAGAAAAGCCUCUCCCUCGUGAGUGACCAAGCUCUAGUCCUGGCUGUGGGGGUUCCUGGACAAGAGCAUCUCUCUGUGGACCCUGGCUCCCCACUUCCACACCACCUCCCCUUUGCAUCUUACAGCCACCCCCAGGCCCCCAUGUCUCAGGCUAAGCUCCAGCCUGUAUGGUUGAUGAGCGUGUAGACAGUCCAGAGAAACCUUUCCUUCUCAGGUGAUCGCACUGGACUCCGGGUAUCCUG